AUGGCGGUGCCAACUCGCCUGCUUACGCGAGAGCGUCGUCUGCCUUCGUUUCCCUCGCCGUGCAAAAUGACGGCGCUUGGUUGGCCUUCCUUCUAUGACGUGAUCAGUCCUGAUGUGAUUACUUUCAAUGAUGAUUUCUCCUAUGGGAUGCAUCGGAUUGAAAUAUCCUGCAGUCAGUGUGGUGCUCACCUGGGGCAUAUUUUUGACGAUGGACCUCGUCCAACUGGCAAGCGGUACUGCACAAACUCUGCUUCGUUAUCUUUCAAGCCAGCAGACAAGAACAAUGCCGGAGAAGGCAGCGGUAACGCCAGUCCUGCCCAAACAGGCAAAGCUGAGCUGUAGGACAAAGCAAAACCUGCGGAAAACUGUGCUGAUCCCACACAGCUUACAAGGAAUGUUUUCUAAGUUGCCUGCUCUCUUAUAACCUAAGAAUGUUUAAAUGUAUGAAAGCAUUUUGCCCCAUCCUUCUUCUUCCUCACCUUUUGAGAACUGAGGCCUUGCCUGCCAGUGCGUUUGCUAUAUAAUUGGAUUGAAAAGUGUGUUGACUGACUCCACAGGUUUUCUUUUCCUUUCUUUUCUUUGAGAUUGCUUUGGGGAAACCUUAAAUUGAGAGGCUUUGGCACUAGUAGUUAUUAGUUUCUUCUUGGUGCUGUGUUACUCUAGGUUUGAACACUAUUCCUUUUUGUGUGGGAGAUGGGACUUCUGUUUAUCUCCAGUCUAUAGGAAACUUCUAGGCAUAAGAGAAUCCUGAAUUCCCAGCACAUCUCUGCUUUGUUCUGACUUGCGAGGCAUGCAGCCUUCGGUCAUAUGUAUUCAGCCAUCUCCCAGCAUCGCUGCACCCUGCAAAAACUUGUACUUAUGGCUGUUCCUUCCCAACUGAGAGAGAUGGAUGAGAUGUAAAGCCCAUCCUUUGGCUAAUUUACUGCCAAAAUUUCAAGGGUGUGGUUGAAAGGAUGUAAACAUUGUCUCAGCAUCUAUUUUUCCCCUUUGUUUGGUAUUUAAAUCAAGGUUUUAACUGUUAAGGCUCACUUCUACAGGCUACUAAUGAGGCUUUGUCUUUUAGUGAGGCCUGUUCAGCAACUGUAACUCAAAUCUAAAUUAAAGUUG